AUGAUUGGCUUGGAAAAUGGCCAUCACCUUCCUGCUAUGACGGCAUGGUGCCUUUGCACAAGGGAUGGGAAGGGGCAAUAUGAUGGCCGACCGAUUGUCCCCUACUCAGCAUUUGGUGCAGCUGGGCAUCAUAAUGGAAUCAUGAUGACAGAAGGCCUUGCAAAGACACUGUUUUGGCUUGUAGAAGGCGGCAAAAGAUUUCAAUAUAAUCAGAAUUCUUUUGCCGCAUGGCACGAUGGCGGCUUGCGAGCUGAUGACACAUUUAAGCUUCCGAAGAAGGUAUAUGUGACAACAUCUGGAGGGAAUCAGCAGGUUAAGCCAUAUGCGUCUGUACUGACUUUGCUAUCGCAGUGCGGAGAGAUUGUUGCUGCUGUCUGGAAGACAAGCAUGUCCCACGCCGCAAAUAGACUUAUUCUACAGGGACUUAAGAUUGCAAGGGAUCAUGUUGGCGCGCCACCUUUACGUCUACUCCAAACAGACAAUCCUAUAGGGGAACAAGCACCUUACUAUGAAGUAUUUCCAGAACUGGAACAGGGCACAGUGGCUCGUGCUUCACUUCCAAUGAUUGAAAUACCGCCUGAUGACAUUGUUUCUUUUGAUGUUGGCAGUGCCCUCGAUGCUUACAUCUUGACCCUAAUAGACAUCUUUAUUCAGCAUGAGGAUCAAGAAAUCUACUAUGGUUUGGAUACAGAGUUUGAGAGAGACAGCAAACUUACAGUAUUGUCGCUGGCAUUCCCUCAGUCAUUGAGAGGAUCAGAACUAGGAACAACGAUCCCUAUUGCCAUUGUCAUUCACCUUCACAAGAUUGGCAAGGAGCAGUUUCCUGCUGACUUAAAGCGCCUCUUGGAGCUUCCAAAUAUGAUUCCAACCGGACGCCUGAUUGGAGGUGAUUGUAAGAAGCUAGAGGAACAGUAUGGUAUUAAGUUCAAUAGAAUGAUUGAGCUAGGUAACUUGUGUCGAUUGGACAAUGGUGAGCUUUCAAGCUUUUCCCUUUGCAACUUGAUGAAAGUGUACCUCCAGUGCAUAUACCCAAUGAACAAGUCAGCUGCGCAGUUGUCUAGCUAUGCAAAACCAACACUGACACCUACAGACAAACAAUACUGCGCACUUGAAGCAGGGUGUCACUAUGGGUUUUUCACCGGACGGUAG